UCUCAGUGACAGCGGACCAGUUUUACAACAGUGUGGUUUCCGAACUGGUAAACAGGGUUCCGAGAUGUCUGGUGUCUUGGACGCACUUGCAUCGCAGAUCGGUGCCAGCGUUGAAGCAACAAUCUUUUUGUUAUCGUUAUUUAUAGGAUAUCCUUUAGGAUUUUUCCAUCGUGCCUUUAUACAUGGAAAAGAUGAAAACAUUCACCAUGUGUUUUUCACAGCAACAGGUCUUGCUGUUUAUUAUUUUAACUUUGGUUUAAAUUUUAUUCAUCCUAUUGCCAAUAUCCUUGUGAUAUAUGUAUUACUCAGGGUGGCAGGUGGAUCCAAAUUUUCAGUGGUCUUCAGUUUUAUUUUUAACUCUUCAUACCUUCUAUAUAGUUACGUGGAGAGUGUGAAAUUGGAGGGCUACUCUAUAACAUGGAGCACCCCUCAGUGUGUACUCACGCUCAGACUCACAGCCCUCGUCCUAGACUACUAUGAUGGGAAGAAAAGUCAGGACAAGCUAUCAAAAGAUCAGAAGGAAAAUUUCAUCACAGACAUUCCGUCGCUGCUUGCUAUCUUUGGCCAAUGUUUCUAUGUGGGAGGAAUGCUAGCUGGACCACAGUUUGGUAUAAGGAAGUAUUUGGCUUUCACCAGAGGAGAGUUCAGUGCAAUAAUGGCUAAAGAUGCUUCACCAGGAAUGAAGGACCAUCCACCUGCCAGUAUUGGCCCUGCUUUGACCAGACUCGCUCUUGGCAUUUUAUACAUUGUCUUGUUCCAGACGGGCAACAUGCUGUUCUCUGACGAGUACUUCUUUACAGCUCAGUAUCAGGAAUUGGGAUUUAUCACCAAAUGUUUCUACAUACUGGUAUGGGGACAACUUCAUUUUAGAAAAUAUGUUGGAACCUGGUUAAUAUGUGAGGGCAUUUCUAUUUUAAUGGGACUGUCAUACAAUGGUAAGGAUAAAAAUGGCAACAUUUUGUGGGACGGCGUGUCAAAUGUAAAACUCUAUCAGCAGGAAACGAGCAGCACAUUCCGUGAAGCCAUAGAGGCCUUCAACUAUAACACAAACAAGUGGAUGUUUAGUUACAUUUACAGAAGACUACAGUUUCUAGGUAGCAAGUCAUUAUCCCAGGCAGUGACCCUGUCAUAUCUAGCCAUGUGGCAUGGACUAGCGUCCGGCUAUUAUAUGAACUUCUUCCUAGAAUUCAUCAUGGUCAACACAGAAAAUCAGAUUAUGGUGCUGGAAUAUAGAAUACUUCUUUUACAUGAAGUGAACAGAUCUCCAACUCUACAACCAUUCCUUUGGCUGGUCAGAAGAAUUCUGCUAACCUUCUCCAUUAGUUAUGCAUUAGUCAGCUUUUGUAUGUUAACCCACGACAAGUAUUUACAGAUCUAUUCCUCUGUCGGAUAUGUAGGCCAUGUGGUGUAUUUAGGAUUCCCUCUUGUUUACUUGGUACUGAUCAGGUUAUUCAGAGCACCCAAAAAAACAGACAGCAAAGCCCAGUGAAAGAAGUUCAAUAAAGGAAGAUUUACAACCAGCAAUUAGUCAGGGUUAAUUAACUUAUUCAACAUGGCUGACUUUUUUACCCUGAUUUUGUAUUGAUAUUAUUUAUUAUUAAUACUUUAAUACUUUAAUGUUUCCAGAUAGAGUAAUCAACACAGUGAUUGCUUGUUUAACAGCUUAUUCAUCAUGAAUGGGAUUAUUGUUUGAUUUUAUUUAUCCUUUCAUUGAAUAAUAGUAUAAUGAUUGUAAAAUGACUGAUAUUGGGAAGUUUUCGCUCAGCAAUUGGUCUCUCUCCGCCGUUGUUUGUUUUCCUGUUGUGUGUUAACAAUUUUACAUUUUUAAAUUCUUGAAAGCAACAAGACCAAAAUAUGCCCCCCUCCCCCCCCCCCCUCCCCCCCCCCCAAAAAAAAAAUUCCAAAUUUUCAAAAAUCUUUUCUUCUCCCACACAUUUGGUGAAAAAAUUAAAUGCAUAAUUAUGAUUUCUAUGAAGCUAAUUACCAAAACUGUGAAAUUUAUGGCCCCUCAGUCUGGGGUUCAGACCCUAGGAUGGAGCCAAUAUGGCUAUAUGGUAAAAUGUAAAAGUUUUUCGAAAAUCUUCUUUUCUACUCCCAUAUAUAUACUUGUAUUUGAUAUUUGAAAAAACUAAAUACAUGGUUAUGAUGUCCACAGAGUCAUUUACCUAAAUUGUGAAAUUCCUGUUCAGGCUCUAGGACAUGACCAGUAUUGUCAUAAUAGUGAAAAUAUAUGAAAUUUUAUUUAUACCAAAUCUUCUCUGUCACAUAUAUCUUUGAGAAAACUAAAUGCGUUGGUGUGAUAUCCAUAAGAUCUUUAAUUUUGAAAUUCAUGGUCUCUGAGUAAGGGGUUAAGGUCCUUGGGUGGGGCCAAUAUGGCCACAAAGUGAAAAUGUAUUAACUGGAAAUAUUGAUUUAAAUAUGUGUUCUAUUUAAGGAAAUCCUUCAAUAUCCUGUGCAUAAUAUACUUGAGAACAUGAGACUCCCUGACAUGUCAGUCAAAGGGCUAUGGUACUCAGGUGACCAUCAAGGCCUGUGGGCCUUUUGUUUCACAUAAGUACAAAAUGAAUUGGGGGGGGGGGUUAUUUUGGACUUGGGAACCCUCGGCAUGUUUAGGGUGGUUCCAGAGAGGGAGGUUGGGGGGGUCCUAUAAAAGUCCUGAGUUUUAGAGACCUAACAAGUGAAAUAACACCUCACAUUAUUCCGACUUUCAGAUAAUGAUGUCGCAGGCAUCUGAAGUUAUAUUUUUCUUAUAUUGUAGAAAAUAUAUACCCUCUACCUAAUAAUAUGUCUUAUUAGGUAGAGGGUACAUAUUUUUAUUAUGAGAAAAAUAUAUAACAUCAGGUGCCUGUGAAUGGUGUAGUGUAAAACAUAACUCUGAGUACCUUUCUUUGUACAAAAGUACAAAAACCUGAAUGAAUUGUCCAUAAUGGACUGGUUUCCAAAUAAUUAUAUCCAUUUCUUUAGU